GCGGACCUUUUGCCAGGAUGGAGGUGGCCGUGCGUGGCCCGCAGGUCCUCUCAGAGCCCCGGAGGAGGGGGAGGCCUCUCCCCCUGAACCAGCUGGUGGAGGAGAGCAGGAGCAGAGGCAGCAUCCCCGACCACCUGCUGCAAUCCAAAAUCUAUGCCAAACUGAAAAGUAACAGCCAGAUUGAAGUGGAGCCCUCAGAGCUUCACUUCAGUGGGUUUGAGCUUGGAAAGAAUGACAUGAAGACCCUGAAACUAAUCAACAUCUCAUCAGAUGUUGUAAAUAUGCAUAUCAUUCCAACUCAAACCAAGUACUUCCAAACCACUUACACCAAAAAGGAUCGACUCCUCCCAGGCCUCGCCUACACCCUGAAGGUCAGAAUCUGUCCGGAUGAGUGGCGCUACUUCUACGACUGCAUUCGCAUCCACUGCGAGGGAGAAGAGAACCUGUUAGUUCCAGUUCAUGCUUACCCUGUCAUCGAUGACCUGCACAUCCCUCCCCGUAUUGACCUGUCAGCCGUACCGCUCGGACAAAGUGUUUCCCACACGAUUCCUCUGAGAUGCAGCAGCCCCAUUGACUUUGAGUUUCAGUUGAAAGUUAUUGAGCCACAUGAAGCCUUUUCCAUCCAUCCAGUCACAGGGGUGAUAGCGGCCAGCCGUGACGCAGAGAUCACCGUGACCUUCACUCCUCUUCGCUACGAGACGUGUCAGGUCACCUUCCGGCUGGUCGUCUCCCAGUUCAUCACCAGGCCGUACCUGAUCACCGUCACCGGGAGCUCGGCGCCUCACCUGGCCCUCAGAGUGCUUAACGUCGACUUCACACCCUCGGGAAAGGGCUGUCUGGGCGAACUACCAGCCCAAAGACCCAGGGGAGACGUUCAGCUGGGACCGGCACCCUCGCUGGACAUGUGCACCCCUGCAGGGGUGGCCAAGAUGCUCAUCAAGGACAUGAACAAACUCACCUCAAAAGACCUGAAGAGAGCCUUAUGUGGCGGGAGCGUGGCCGGACUGCAAAGCAGGCAGAUGAAAGAGGCGCUCUUCAUCAAAAAGGUCAAUCAGGCUGCGAGGGAGGAACAAGCCAAACACCUUAAUUGGAAAGUUGAGGGUAUGGAGCCAAUGUCGGAGCAAACCAGGAGGGCCAUAGUGGCAGAGAGAGAGAUUCAUCGGCAUCAGUACGAGGUUACACGAGGAGAUGUGAGGCAGGAUGAACACUUUGCUGAUGGACAAACACAACUUUCCUCCAGACGGCUGCGUCGUGUUGCAGGACAGACCUCCGAGGGGUCGCCGUGCUUCCAGCUCCUCACCAGUAACCAGUCGGACGAGACCAAGCGGCCCCUCAGACUGUUCCAGCAGGCCGCACGCAAGGUGGUGAUCCAGUGUCGCUUGAAGCGGAGACUGGCCUGUAUAAAGAGGCUGGCUGAGACCUGGAGGACCCGGACUUCUGCACCUGAAGUGGAGGAGGAGGAGGAGUCGUCAUGUGACCUGCAAAUCUCUCCCGACAAAGUCUUCCCAUCAUCCUUUCCCAUUUUCUCCUACGAGGAAGAGCUUUUAGCUCCCAGUAAUUUGGCGGCGGUGGCUGUAGAUCCCGUCGAUGUGAUCGUGACAACCCACGUUCCUUUCUUCAAGCUUCAAGUUCCCCAGCAUUACAAGCUCAUGGGCUACCGGGCCGGCUCGGUGUCGGACGCCUUUAACUCUUACAUCCCCGCAACUCUGGCCCGGCCACUUCGCUCCGGACCGCCAGUAACCAACCGCACCAGAAACUAAGUCAGAAUACAUCAAGGUUCAUCACCGCUCCAGUCAGGGGACGAGGAGCAUGAAGAGGAGUGGGAAUCAGUGGAGGGAGAUGCUGAUCUCUGCUCCGGAGCUCCUGACGCUCUGCUCAGUCCCUUUCCAGCUAACCCACUCAGAAUCUUUAAUCCAGCACCGGGCCUCCAGAGUGACGAACCUCAAGCCUACCAUGAAAACGAUUGGGAGUAUCACCUGUGUCCACUGCCCAGGUAUCCGCUUGGCGAGAGGAACUUGAGAGGAUCGAAGACAGAAACCUCUCACUCGCAGAAGGAACGUCUCAACCUCAAGGACGCCUUCGCGGGAGCCAUGAAGUGGGACGACUGCGAUUCCGGCUCUUUAACUCACCCGGCGCUCGACCGAGACUGUGCUCCUCGCAGAUCCAUCGAUAUACUCCCACUCACAGCCCCCCCUGACCAUCUCCCUGAGCAUCUCCCUGCACUAAUGGAGUCACCGUGUGACACUUCAGGACUCCCACCGACACCAGACGUGAUCAGAGCAGCGCUCCUGCCGGGAAACGCUCCCGUCUCCCAUAGCAACCCUGCUGCAGGACGAGACAGUCAGGUCUGAGAGCAGCCGCAUGGGAAAAGCAGUGAUGAGCAGGCUGCAGCAGCUCGGAGCCGCCGGCAGGAAUACUCCUCCACCAGCAGAAGACUGCCAAUGAGAGAGACACACACACACACACACACACACACAGCCUGCAUACUGUACAGGAACAAACACAACCGCAGGACUCCAGUGGCACAUUAUACAGCAGCCAUCCUCCUCUCCACAUGCAACACUCUCCUUGAUCUGCUUCUCCUCUACUGUAAAAAUGAAACCUGGUUACUGUCGCUCGCCCACCUAUAAGCCUCCUUCUACCCACUCAAAAUUACCAGCUUCCCUCCUGUUCUCUUACAAAGGCAGGAAAUAUGUUCUCCCUCCACCCACUUCGCUGGGCUAAAAGCACCGCUUCCUUGCGUUCCAGCAGACAGCAUCCCGACCCUGACAGUUCCACAUGAUAAUGCUGCGUUGUGAUGAAGCAGCCGCUUGUUUUAG